GCCGAUUUGGACCUUGAAGAUGUAUGCUCAUUUUAAUACAUCGUCGGCAUACACAUGCUUUGUGAGUGGAAUCAGAGUGGGCGUGUACGAACCAAACAAAACUCAGCGUGUCGAAGGAUUAUACCAAGCUAAACGACACAUUUGGGGCAUGAAGUGACGGUGGGUCACUGCUAAAAUUAGGUCGCUCCCUUCCCUGCCACGGCAGGCAUGCAACAUGCAACUGCGCAAUACAAGUUAUAGUAGUUUAUACCAGGGGGGGGGGCAUCCAUGAUUAACAUUACCACCAGCACCCGUUUCCAGACGUCUGGAUGCAUGGACGUCGCUGAACCAAUGUCAUUCAUUUUAUAGUUGUCGGAGACAUUAAUGCAGCGGUGCUAUUUCAUUGCCAUAAAGGGCCUAUAACGAAUGCAGAAUGUCGUUCUUAACUAUUCCAAGUGAAGAUGGUCUUUUCACCACUGUGAAAGCAGGUAAAUCUGCCGAAGAUGGAGACAGUAGCACUACGUGUCCAGCGGAUGAUGAUGAUGAGGAGGAGGAUGACGACGAAGACGAUGGCAGCGAGGAAGUUAAUUUCAUCCCGAGAUGCUCUCCUAUCCCAAGGAAGCGCGGCCAAUCGAUAUUUGAUGAGGCGGACGAGUAUAUGCGUAUACAGUUGUCUCUGCCUGCAGCCAGGAGAAGGGUAGCGUUCGCUGACACAACAGGUGGGGAUCUGGUCGAUGUAAGGGAAUUUGUUGCCUUCGAUUCUGAUGAAGAAGAGGACCCAAGGUAUGAAGCGGAGGCUGCACAUGCAAGAGAGCCCACCUACCGCAUACACACAGAAUUCCACGUGGCAACGAGAAGUGCCCUGGCAGAGGCUGUUCAAACACACAAGGUGGAAGUUGAAAUGCUGUCCCCCAUAGAGAACGAACCCCUUGCCUUCAGUGGGAUCGUACGAGUGCUCAACAUCUCCUACCAUAAAGCGGUGUACAUCAGGUCCACCAUGGACCACUGGGCCACCUACUUCGAUCAUCCAGCUGAAUAUAUCCAGGAGUCAAGUGAUGGAGAGACUGAUGCGUUCUGUUUCAAGUUGUCCUUCGCCUCACCUUAUGACACCCAUGGUUCCAGCAUUGAGUUUGUUGUUCGCUAUGAAACCUCUGAUGGGGACUUCUGGGCCAACAACUCACAGUUGAAUUAUGUGGUUACCCUCUUAGUGUCUUACGAAGAUAAUUUAACUCCAGUAAACACUGACACAAAACAAGAAUUACGAGGGAUCCUGAAAGCCUCUAAGUUUUACAGUAUGGACAACGAUGGACAACAUAUGGAUGAAGAGGACCUGAGCACCUCCUCCCAACCACAGCAUGUCGGGCCUAAACCUGUUUGCCCAGUUAUCAUUCAUCCAGAGAUCGAUUUAGAGCUCAUAGAAGCUUCUGCAGCGGUUUAGACUGCCGAUGACACAUUUGGUGCCCCACGGUCACCGAACCAAGAGCUCCAAUCUCUUGACGAUGCACAGUGCGAUGAAGCCAGUAUGCCC